AGUGCGUCCAGAGAUACAGAUUCCCAACGGAUUUGAUGACGGUGUUCGGUCUUGAAUGGAAUUGUAGUCUUAGGCCAGUCUUAGCUUUCUGAACAGGAUAAUAGGUAUCCGGAGUCGAUUGAGGGCCAGAGCAAGCACUGGGGUUCGGAUCCUGGGCAAAGUUCCCCACGCUGAGGGUCUUGAGGACGCCUAGAUCUCUUUUCCAGGGCCAUGGCGAACCCGAAGCUGCUGGGACUGGAGCUAAGCGAGGCGGAGACGAUGGGUGCUGAUUCGGCACGAUUUGAGGAGCUGCUGCUGCAGGUGCACAGUGACCGGACCCCUGGAUCCUUGAGUAUUCCGGGAUUUUGGCGGGGUGCUCAAAGAUGGGACUACAGUUGCCAGAAUGCACUAGGGUGGGAACUGGGCCUGGGGGAAUUCAGGCCUCGAAGGAGCUCCAGCAAGCCCAGACAACCAGACCAGAAUCGACACAAAUCCAGCCUCAGCCGGGUUUCUGCAUAAAGACCAACUCCUCAGAAGGGAAGGUUUUCAUCAACAUCUGCCACUCCCUCUCCAUCCCUCCUCCCGCCGACGUGACCGAGGAGGAGCUGCUUCAGAUGCUAGAGGAGGACCAAGCUGGCUUUCGCAUCCCCAUGAGUCUGGGAGAGCCUCAUGCAGAACUGGAUGCAAGAGGCCAGGGCUGUACCGCCUAUGACGUAGCUGUCAACAGCGACUUCUACCGGAGGAUGCAGAACAGCGAUUUCUUGCGGGAGCUCGUGAUCACCAUCGCCAGAGAGGGCCUUGAGGACAAAUACAACUUGCAGCUGAAUCCGGAAUGGCGCAUGAUGAAGAACCGGCCAUUCAUGGGCUCCAUCUCGCAGCAGAACAUCCGCUCGCAGCAGCGUCCUCGGAUCCAGGAGCUGGGGGACCUGUACACGCCGGCCCCUGGGAGAGCUGAGUCAGGCCCUGAAAAGCCUCACCUGAACCUGUGGCUGGAAGCCCCCGACCUCCUCUUGGCCGAAAUUGACCUCCCCAAACUGGAUGGAGCCCUGGGGCUGUCGCUGGAGAUCGGGGAGAACCGCCUGGUGAUGGGGGGCCCCCAGCAGCUGUAUCAUCUGGACGCUUAUAUCCCACUGCAGAUCAACUCUGAUGAGAGCAAGGCAGCCUUCCACCGGAAGAGAAAGGUGCCUGGGGGACGGUUCGGGGAAGCCGGGACGUUGGGGAGCCUGGACUCUGGCUCUGAGGGAGGGGGACCAGGGGCUAGACUUCUGGGUCCUGGAUCCUCAUUCUCUUUGCUCUGUCUCCUCAGCAAUUAAUGGUAGCCAUGCCGCUUCUGCCGGUGCCUUCUUGAUCAGGGUGUUUCCCUGUGCUUCCGAGAUGGGAAGAAACCACUGGCUUCCCUAAAGUUGAAAUAAAAGAUUUUUG